AUGCGUCAGGCAUUAGAGCAGGCUGCGUUAUGCGAACCUGUACCGACAGCAUUCUGUGUAGGAUGCAUCAUUGUAGUGCGCUUGCCAGACUCGGAACCAAUUGUGUUGUCUAAGGGUUUCUCGAGGGAAUUACCAGGGAACACUCAUGCCGAGGCAAAUGCUUUGGCCAAGCUUGAGAAUCUCUCUUCCUCGCAGCUACAAUCUCUCGUUUCUCCAUGGCCAUGGGAAGCAGUACCUGUCUUAGGAGACCUUCUUCCCCUCGUAGACGUCUAUACCACGCUUGAACCAUGCUCAGUCAGAACAUCCGGCCUGCCUGCAUGCGCUGAUGGCCUCAUUCGCGCCAGAAUCAGACGUUGCAUUAUAGGUGUACGAGAGCCAGAUGAUUUUGUCAAAUGUGAGGGUGCGCAAAAGUUGAAGGAUGCCGGUAUCGAGGUUAUCUGGUACGGCGGCUUAGAGCAAGAAUGCUUAGACGCUGCCCGGAAAGGUCAUCACAUCUAG